AUGGGUGCCAGCUGCAGGAUGCUGGCCGUGCUCUGGACCCUGGCUGUCGCCUGUGCUCAGCACACAGGCUGGGCCCAGGAGGGCACCCUGCAACCCAGCCAUGACGCCUCCCCCAACCUCUCUCCCCUGCAAGGACACAGCGGGUCCCCACUCCUGGGGGUGACCAUCCUCCCCCCUCUGAUGACCAUCCCUGGACUGCAAGCCCUGAACCCCGCACACACGGGGCGCGUCUGCAGCACCUGGGGCGACUUCCACUACAAGACCUUUGAUGGCGCCGUCUUCCGCUUCCCCGGCCUCUGCAACUAUGUGUUUUCUGCGCACUGCGGCGCGGCCUACGAGGACUUCAACGUGCAGCUGCGCCGCGGCCCCGUGCCCAGCAACACAGCUCCCAGCAGAGUCGUCCUGAAGCUCAACGGCUUAGUCAUCGAGCUGACCAGGGAUUCUGUCCUGGCAAAUGGCCACCUGGUCCAGCUUCCCUUCAGCCAGGCUGGGGUCUUCAUAGAGCAUGGCAGUGGCUACGUGAAGGUGGUGGCCAAGCUGGGCCUGGUGUUCAUGUGGAACCUGGAUGACAGCCUCUCGCUGGAGCUGGACACCAAAUAUGCCAAUCAGACCUGUGGGCUCUGUGGAGACUUCAACGGCAUCAUGGAGGCCAGCGAGUUCCUGUCCCACAAUGCUAGGUUGACCCCUCUGCAGUUCGGAAAUUUGCAGAAGAUGGAUGGCCCCAUGGAGCAGUGCCAGGACCCCAGCCCCACACCCCAGAACUGCUCUACCAGUCUUGGCAUCUGCGAGGAGCUGCUCAACAGCGGGCGGUUUGCAGGCUGCACAGGCCUGGUGGAGGUCCGUGGCUUUGUUGAGGCCUGCCAGCAGGACCUCUGCCGCUGUGAGAGCGCUCACCUUCCCAACUGCCUCUGCCACACCCUUGCCGAGUUCUCCCGCCAGUGUGCCCAUGCCGGUGGGCAGCCCCAGGACUGGCGGAGUCCAGACCUCUGCCCCCAGAAUUGCUCCUCCGGCAUGCGGCACCAGGAGUGUGGCUCGCCUUGCACUGACACCUGCUCUAACCCCCAGCACUCCCAGCUGUGCGAAGACCACUGCGUGGCCGGCUGCUUCUGCCCUGAGGGGACGGUGCUGGAUGACAUCCAUCACACUGGCUGUGUUCCUGUGUCCCAGUGUGCCUGUGUGUACAACGGAACUCCCUAUGCACCAGGGGCCAACUACUCCACAGACUGCACCAACACUUGUGUCGGAGGUCACUGGAGCUGCCAGGAGCUGCCGUGCCCAGGAACCUGCUCAGUGCUGGGCGGUGCCCACAUCUCCACAUUCGACGAGAGACAGUACACGGUGCACGGGGACUGUGGCUACGUGGUGACCAAGCCCUGUCAGGGCAGCACCUUCGCUGUGCUGGGUGAGCUGCGCCGCUGUGGGCUGACGGACAGUGAGACCUGCCUGAAGAGCGUGACCCUGAGCCUGGGCGGGGGGCACACGGUGGUGGUGGUGAAGGCUGGUGGGGAGGUGCUCAUGAACCAGAUCUACACCCAGCUGCCAGUCUCCGCAGCCAACGUCACCAUCCUGAAACCCUCCACUUUCUUCAUCAUCGUGGAGACCAACCUGGGGCUACAGCUGCAUGUCCAGCUGGUGCCCACCAUGCAGCUGUUUGUGCAGGUGGCACCUGAACUCCGGGGACAGACCUGUGGUCUCUGUGGGAACUUCAACAGGAACCAGGCAGAUGACUUCACGGCCUUGAGCGGAGUGGUGGAGGGCACAGGCGCCGCCUUCGCCAACACCUGGAAGACCCAGGCCUCCUGCCCCAACGCCAAGAACAGCUUCGAGGACCCCUGCUCGCUCAGCGUGGAGAACGAGAAGUAUGCCCAGCACUGGUGUGCACUGCUAACAGACACCAGUGGCCCCUUCGCCCAGUGCCAUGCCAUCGUGAGCCCCAGCUCCUACUACUCGAACUGCAUGUUUGACACGUGUAACUGUGAGAGGAGCGAAGACUGCCUGUGUGCUGCGCUGGCCUCCUACGUGCACGCCUGCGCCGCCAAGGGCGUGCUGCUCCGCGGCUGGCGGGACGGCGUCUGCACGAAGCCCACAAGCACCUGCCCCAAGUCGAUGGUCUAUCAGGAGCACCUCAGCACCUGCCAGCCCACCUGCCGUGGCCUGAGCGAGGCCGAUGUCACCUGCAGUGUGUCCUUCGUGCCUGUGGAUGGCUGUGCCUGUCCCACCGGCACCUUCCUGGAUGAGGCGGGCAUGUGUGUGCCGGCCCACGAGUGUCCCUGCUACCAUAGGGGCUCCGUGGUCCCCAGCGGCGAAUCCGUGCACGACAGUGGGGCCAUCUGCACCUGCACACGGGGUGUGCUGACCUGCACUGGGGGUCCCGUGCUGAGCCCAGUGUGUGACGCGCCCAUGGUGUACUUUGACUGCCGUAAUGCCACACUGGGGGCUGCUGGGGCUGGUUGCCAGAAGAGCUGUCACACCCUGGACAUGGCCUGUUACAACACCCAGUGCGUCUCUGGCUGCGUGUGCCCCGAUGGGCUGGUGGCAGAUGGUGAUGGAGGCUGUGUUGCCGAGGAGGACUGUCCCUGCGUGCACAACGAGGCCAGCUACCGGCCCGGGGAGACUGUCCUCGAUGGCUGCAACACCUGCACCUGUGAGAACCGGAUGUGGCGGUGCACAGAGGAGCCCUGUCUGGCCACCUGUGCAGUCUAUGGGGACGGCCACGUCCUCACCUUUGAUGGGCAGCGCUACACCUUCAAUGGGGCCUGCGAGUACACACUGCUGCAGGACCAGCGUAGUGGGAAGGCCAGUGCCCAAGAUGCCCUCCGUGUGGUCACCGAGAACGUCCCCUGUGGCACUACGGGGACCACCUGUUCCAAGGACAUCAAGAUCUUCCUGGGGAGCUACGAGCUGAAGCUAAGCAGUGGGAAGGUGGAGGUGGUCCAGAGGAAAACCGGGCAGGAGCCACCCUACACCAUGCACCAGAAGGGCAUCUACACAGUGGUGGACACUGGCAUUGGCCUUCUGCUACUCUGGGACCAGAAAACCAGUCUCUUCCUCAGGCUCAGCCCUGAGUUCAAGGGCAAGGUCGGUGGCCUGUGCGGGAACUUCGACGACAACGCCGUCAAUGACCUGACCACACGCAGCCAGGCUGUGGUGGGCGAUGUGCUGGAGUUUGGGAACAGCUGGAAGCUCUCACCCACCUGCCCCGACGCCCCGGCGCCCAAGGACCCCUGUGUGGCCAACCCGUACCGCAAGUCCUGGGCCCAGAGGCAGUGCAGCAUCAUCAACAGUGCUGCCUUCUCCGCCUGCCAUGCCCAGGUGGAGCCGGCCAAGUACUACGAGGCCUGUGUGAGCGAUGCGUGCGCCUGUGACUCGGGGGGCGACUGCGAGUGCUUCUGUACAGCCGUGGCUGCCUAUGCCCAGGCCUGCCAUGUGGCGGGGGUGUGUGUGUCCUGGAGGACGCCCGACAUCUGCCCACUCUUCUGCGACUACUACAACCCCGCCGGGGAGUGUGAGUGGCACUACCAGCCCUGUGGGGCGCCCUGCCUGCGCACCUGCCGCAACCCCAGUGGCCGUUGCCUGCAGGAAUUUCGCGGCCUGGAAGGCUGUUACCCCAAGUGUCCCCCGGAGACCCCCAUCUUCGAUGAGGAUAAGAUGCAGUGCGUGGUGCGGUGCCCGCACAAGUCUGUGCCUCUCUGCCACAUCCACGGGAAGUCAUACAAGCUGGGAGCGCCCGUGCCCUCUGCAGAGAACUGCCACUCCUGCAUCUGCACAGAAGGUGGUGUGAGCUGCACCUAUGACACAGAAGCUUGCUUCUGCACCUACAACGGGCGGCGCUUCCAGCCCGGGGCCGAGAUCUACCACACGACAGACGGCAUGGGCGGCUGCCUCUCCGCAAGCUGCGGGGCCAAUGGCACCGUGGAAAGGAAGGCCUAUGCCUGUGGUUCCCACAGCACCCCACCGCCCACCACCUUCACCUUCUCCACGGCGUCUGAGGCUAAGAGCUCGACACACUCCCCGGACACACAUGUCCCCUCCACCGGGAGCACAGUGUCCUCAGGCCCUCAGAGCGGCACCAGGCUCCCUGCCUCCCACACCACCCUCAGGGAGACACCGGCCGACACCUCCGUGACCUCCCAGCCUUGCGGGGAGGAGUGCGUGUGGACCCCGUGGCUGGACGUCAGCCGCCCUGGACGUGGCAUUGACAGUGGGGACUUCGACACCCUGGAGAACCUCCGUGCCCAUGGGUACCAGCUGUGCCAAGCACCCAGGGAGGUGCAGUGCAGGGCAGAAGAUGUCCCUGACGUGCCCCUCAGUGUCCUAGGGCAGCAUGUGGAGUGCAGCCCCAUGGUGGGGCUGACCUGCCACAACCGGGACCAGGUGUCGGGACUCUGUGACAACUACCAGGUCCGAGUCCUGUGCUGCCAUCCUGUUUCCUGCCCCACCUCCUCCAGCCCCACAGCCUCCUCCUCGGCUCCCAUCACACCCACAGGCCUGACCACUGUCUCCACUGCCACGGGGAGCCCCUCAUCUGUCAGAGUCACGGCUUCGACCUCUAGCUCAAAGCUGGUGCCAACCACCUCCUCCUGUCGACAAAAGCAGUGCACCUGGACCGAGUGGAUCGAUGGCAGUUACCCAGGGUCCAGCAGGGACAGCGGAGACUUUGACACCUUGGAGGAACUGCGGCUGCGAGGGUACAAGUUCUGUGACAGGCCCCAGAAUGUGCAGUGCCGGGCCCAGUUCUUCCCCAACACACCACUGGCUGAGCUGGGGCAGAAGGUGACCUGCAACCCUGAGGUGGGGCUGCUCUGCCUGAACCGGGAGCAGCUUCCACCCAUCUGCUACAACUAUGAGAUCCGGAUAGAGUGCUGUGAGUGGGUGGACAUCUGCUCCACCUCUACCCCAACUCCCCACCCCACCACCACCUCAACACCUCACAGCCAUACCACCUCUACCCCAAUACCUUACACCAACGUCAUCUCCACCUCCACCUCAACCCCCAAUGCUACCUCCACCUCUACUGCAACACCCCACAUUAGCACCACCUCCACCCCAACUCCCCAUGCCAGUACCACCUCUGUCCCUGGACCCACCCUAACUUCACCACAUGAGACCACAGACUGCCGGGCCCAGUGCUCUUGGACCCUCUGGUUUGAUGUGGACUCACCUGAGCCAGGGUCGCAUGGUGGAGACCUGGAGACCUACGACCACAUCCUCCAGAAGGGACACAACAUCUGCCGCCGGCCUGAGGAGAUCACGAGGCUACAGUGCCGUGCCCAGAGCUACCCUGAGGUCCCCAUUGCUGCCCUGGGCCAGGUGGUGCAGUGUGACCGGGACACAGGCCUGGUGUGCCACAACCGUGACCAGCAGGGACCCGCAGGGCAGUGCCUGGACUACGAGGCGCGUGUGCUGUGCUGCCAUGUGCCCGACGGCUGCCCCUCCACCACCGAGACCCCAUCUUCAGCUCCGUCCUCCACGAUGCCCGCUGUGACUCCUCCCACCUCCUGUUUCUGUCAUGUGGUUGGCCAGCUGUAUCCUGCAGGGUCAGUCAUAUACCACCAGACAGACCUCGAUGGCCACUGUUACUAUGCCCUGUGCAGCUGGGACUGCCACGUGGUCAGGGGUGUGGACCCCACCUGCCCAGCACCUGCAACGGCUCUGCCUACGUCCACACACAGCUCUAGGUCACACUGCCUACAUGUGGUCCCCCAGAGAAAGAAAGGCGAGACCUGGGCAAUGCACAACUGCUCACAAGCCACCUGUGAGGGUGACAAUGUCAUCUCCCUGAGCCCGCGCCCGUGCCCAGAGCUGACACCACCGUUCUGCGCCAAUGGCUACCCUGCCCUGAAGGUGGCCGAUGCGGAUGGCUGCUGCCAGCACUACCAGUGCCAGUGUGUGUGCAGCGGCUGGGGUGACCCGCAUUAUAUCACAUUUGAUGGCACCUACUACACCUUCCUGGACAACUGCACCUACGUGCUGGUACAGCAGAUUGUGCCUGUGUUCGGCCACUUCCGUGUGCUGGUUGACAACGACUUUUGUGAUGUGGAGGACACGGUGUCCUGUCCCCAGUCCAUCAUCGUCGAGUACCAUGAGGACCGUGUGGUGCUGACCCGCAGGCCAGUCAGGGGGGCCAUGACCAACCAGAUCCUGUUCAACGGCGAGGUGGUCAGCCCCGGCUUUCAGAAGAACGGCAUCGCUGUGUCCCGCGUGGGCAUCAAGAUGUACGUGACCAUCCGUGAGCUGGGUGUGCAGGUCAUGUUCUCGGGCCUCAUCUUCUCAGUGGAGGUGCCCUUCAGCACGUUCGCCAACAACACGGAGGGCCAGUGUGGCACCUGCACCAACAACAAGAAAGACGAGUGCCGGAUGCCUGGGGGUGCGCUGGCCACCUCCUGCUCGGAGAUGUCCACACACUGGAGGGUGGACACCCCCGAUCAGCCCUUCUGUGGUGGACCACUCCCGACACCCACCCCUGGCCAGUCAGUGCCCACCUCUGCAGCGCCCACAUGCCCAGCUCCUCCCAUCUGCCAGCUCAUCCUGAGCAAGGCCUUUGAGGCCUGCUACUCUGUGAUCGAUCCGACGCCAUUCUUCGAGGGCUGUGUCUUUGACUACUGCCACAAGACGGAGCUGGAGGUGGUGUGCUCUAGCCUAGAGCUCUACGCCUCGUUGUGCGCUGCUCAGGGUGUGUGCGUGGACUGGAGGAGCUGGACCAACAACUCCUGCCCCUUCCCCUGCCCGGAGGACAAGGUAUACAAGCCCUGUGGCCCGUCAGACCCGCCCUACUGCUACCAGAGUGACAAUGCCAGCAACCCGUACCCAACCCUGCCUCCCUGCAGGGCCCUCCCCAAGGCCGGCCGCAUCACGGAAGGCUGCUUCUGCCCAGACACCCUGAAGCUGUUCAGCACCGAUGCCCCUGUCUGCGUGCCCGACAACUGCUCCAGCUGUCCCGGGCACCACGGGGAGCCGAUUCAGCCAGGCCAGAUCAUCAGCAAGGACUGCCAGGAGUGUGUCUGUGACCCCGACACGAAGUCCCUGACCUGCCACCAGAAGGCCUGCCCCCUGCCCCCUGCCUGCCGCAUGCCUGGUUUCAUGUCAGUGGCCAUGACCCCCAGGGAGGGCCAGUGCUGUCCCCAGUACACCUGUGUCUGCAACUCCAGCUACUGCCCCGAGCCCCAGGACUGCCCCGAGGGCUCCCACCUGAGCCUCACCCAUGAGGAAGGGGCCUGCUGCCCAAGCCAGAGCUGCCGUGAGUGCUGGACCAAUUGCAGCAUCAAUGGGACCCUCUACCAGCCUGGUGCCGUGGUCUUCUCCAGCCUGUGUGAGACCUGCCGCUGUGAGGUACCCAGUGGCCCCAACUCAGACGGCUUCAUGGUCAGCUGUGAGACCCAGAUCUGCAACACCCACUGCCCCAUGGGCUUCGAGUACCAGCUGCAGGAGGGGCAGUGCUGCGGCCAGUGUGUGCAGAAGACCUGCAUCGUCUCCGCGAAUGCCACUGGCCACCCAGUCCACCUCCUCCUUCCUGGAGAGUCCUGGUCUGACCCUGGGGCUCCCUGCGUGAACUAUGUGUGUGAGCACUAUGAAGACCGGCUGGAGGUGACAGUGGUGAAGAAAGAGUGUCCCGCUCUCGACUGCACCAGGGCACAGGCCCAGCUGAGCCCGGAUGGCUGCUGUCUACUCUGUCCACCCACACCAGUGCCUGUCCAAAAGUGGCCCUGCACCCUGCGCCACCGUGAGCAGGUGAUCUGGCACCAGAACUGCAGCUCUGCUGUGCCCGUGAACCUCACCUACUGUGAGGGCGUCUGUGGGGACAGCACCUCCAGGUACUCCCUGGAGGCCAGCGCCAUGGAGCACAAGUGCCACUGCUGCCAGGAGCUCCGGACCUCGCCCAGGAUCGUGACACUGCACUGCGCGGAUGGCUCCAACCAGGCCUUCAGCUACACCCAGGUGGAAGAGUGUGGAUGCCAGGACCUGAAGUGCCAAAUGCCCGGGUCACAGGAGGCAGAGUCCCGGGAGAGCCGGGAGCAGGGGCCCAGGCCUCUGCAGUGACCCUGAGGCACCUGGAGACACCCUCAGGUCCUCUGAUCCUUGUUCCUGAGACCUGGCCUCACUGCCCGCCCACUCCAGCUGGCCAUGGCCUCCCUGCGAGAGCGUGGGUGGACAUGCUCUCAGCACUGGUUUGGGAGUUCAGGAGAUUGACAGCUCAGCCCCAGCCCUUGGCAGGUGCAGGAGGUGCAGGAUUCCACACCACACUGGGGUCUCAGGUGACAGGCAUGGCCCUGCCUUAUACGCUAAGCCCCUC